AUGUGCCAACUGUCCAGUUCGUUGCAUAUUUUCCUGGGAUUCUCAGACAGAAGUGCGGGAGUCUGCUGCGCUACACUGCUACAGCCGUACAGCGUCAGCGCCGCCACGCUGACGGCGCUCAGCUACCACGUCUACCGCGAGUACAACACCAAGAAGACCACGGGCCAGUCCUGGAAGGAGCUGGCCAGCGAGCGACAGCGCAACGCCGCCGCCGUCUUCUGCGGCUACGUGCAGGCCUUCCAGCACGGACUGCGCAGCGCGCGCCAACACCUCCACGCCGGACGCGUCGACGAGGCCAUCGCCGUUCUGACGGGCUGCCUGCAGCAGUGGCAGUUCCGGAAGCAGACGCUGCGCGCCCUGAAACGCCACCUGCACCCCGAGUUGUUCGCGCGGCUGGUGAGCAGUCUGGUGGAGCGCCGGCUGUGCGACUGCCAGGACGUGCUCAGCCACCUGUCGGCCGCUGCGCCGCGGCCGCCCGCCUCCCGCGUCGGCCUCAACAUGGACCUCCAACCGCCCAGCGACACCGCCGGCAGGGCCUACCAGCCCCCGGCCGGGCUCCCCUAGAGGACACCUCCGAGGCGCUGCGGUUCCACGCUGCUGUUGCAGCGCUGCGUUUCUGGGUGUUGUCAGUUUGCGGGUGAUAUUUCGGUAUUUAUUUCUGUUUGGUGUUAUCAGCGUUGAUGUCGUUUCCAGAUCUGAACGCCUGAACCGGGUUCCUGUUGCGUUGUGGUUGGUAGUUGGUGAUGUCGUUUCCGAUUCUCCCGAUAUGUGAUGUAGUCAUUUUGGGCGGUAAAUGCAUUAUGAAAUGCUGCGUUGCGCGCAUUCAUCAUUAAAGAG